AUGGCGGGGUCGGAUCCGGAUCCCCCACCCCCACGCCGCUAUAACGACCGGCUCAUGACCGCUUGCUAUCAUGAAAAUUUACCCCCCAUCAACACUAAACUCCCCAUGCAUCAACAUCACCACCCAAACAACUCACACGCCCAACUCAGCCGCAAGUCGGUCGACUUCCAGGUACCUAGGCUUAUUCCCUUCGGACUCGCCUGUAUUUCAGCCAUGCACUUUGCCUCACACACCGCAUCCAGUACGGUCAGCUCGAGGCUCAAAGGGGGUGACUCUCGACCGGCUAAUACCAAACCUCAACGCGGGAUGUCCAACAUGGAUCUUAAGCGACCCAAUAUUGUUGUUGUCUGA